CAUUUGUCAAUUAACCAAUGCUAUUUGUCAGGGUUGAAUCUGGUCAUUACUUUAUAUAUUACAGGAGCUCUGAAUGUUGUCUUAUCAAUAGAACAUCAACGUGAGAUGUGCAGAUACCUUUUCAAUCAUCAGAAUGAAGAUGGAGGUUGGGGGCUACACAUUGAGGGCCCGAGCACCAUGUUUGGUACUGUGCUAAGCUAUGUUACUCUAAGAUUGCUUGGUGAAGGAGGUUUUGGUGCAGAAGGAGCAAUGGAAAAGGGGCGAAAAUGGAUCUUGGACCAUGGGGGUGCAACUGCAAUAACUUCUUGGGGGAAAAUGUGGCUUUCUGUACUUGGAGCAUAUGAAUGGUCUGGGAAUAAUCCACUCCCACCAGAAGUGUGGCUAUGUCCUUACAUUCUUCCAAUUCAUCCAGGACGGAUGAAUUGCCAUUGUCGAAUGGUGUAUUUGCCCAUGUCGUACAUAUAUGGGAAGAGGUUUGUUGGUCCUAUUACACCCACAGUUAUUUCCUUGAGAAAUGAGUUGUACAUUGUCCCUUAUCAAGAAGUAGAUUGGAAUCAAGCUCGCAAUCAAUGUGCCAAGGAAGAUCUAUACUAUCCACAUCCACUGGUUCAGGAUAUUCUAUGGGCAUCUCUUCACAAGGUGCUUGAGCCUAUUCUGGGGCAUUGGCCAGGAAACAAGUUGAGGGAGAAGGCUUUAUGCACUGUAAUGCAGCAUGUACACUAUGAAGAUGAGAAUACACGGUAUAUAUGCAUAGGGCCUGUGAACAAGGUGUUAAAUAUGCUUUGCUGCUGGAUUGAAGAUCCAAACUCAGAGGCCUUUAAGUUGCAUAUUCCAAGAAUUUUUGAUUAUUUGUGGAUUGCUGAAGAUGGCAUGAAAAUGCAGGGUUAUAAUGGAAGUCAAUUAUGGGAUACUUGUUUUGCUGUUCAAGCAAUUAUUUCAACAAACCUAGGUGAAGAGUAUGGUCUGACUUUAAGGAAGGCACACCAAUUCAUAAAAAAUUCUCAGGUCUUAGAAGAUUGUCCUGGAGAUCUGAAAUUUUGGUAUCGUCACAUUUCCAAAGGUGCUUGGCCAUUCUCAACUGCUGAUAAUGGAUGGCCCACCUCUGAUUGUACAGCAGAAGGAUUGAAGGCUGUUCUAUUAUUAUCUAAACUUCCAUUGGAAACAGUUGGGGAACCAUUAGAUAUGGAGCAAUUAUUUGAUGCUGUAAAUGUUAUCCUUUCAUUACAGAAUGCAGAUGGUGGUUUUGCAACAUACGAAUUGACAAGAUCUUACCGAUGGGUGGAGUUAAUCAAUCCUACUGAAACUUUUGGUGACGUUGUCAUUGAUUAUCCAUGUGUGGAGUGUACCUCAGCUGCAAUUCAAGCAUUGACAUCGUUCAAGAAAUUAUAUCCUGAGCAUAGAAGGCACGAAAUAGAAAAUUGUAUUUCUAAGGCUGCAAAGUUCAUUGAAGACAUACAGGCUCCUGAUGGCUCUUGGUAUGGAUCGUGGGGAGUCUGUUUCACUUAUGGUGGGUGGUUUGGAAUAAAGGGAUUGAUAGCUGCUGGAAACACAUACAGUAAUUGCCCCUGCAUUCGUAAGGCUUGUGAUUAUCUGCUGUCCAAGGAGCUUGCUUCAGGUGGUUGGGGGGAGAGUUAUCUGUCAUGCCAGAGCAAGGUGUACACAAAUCUCCCCGAAGAUAAGCCACAUAAUGUCAAUACUGCUUGGGCUAUGUUGGCUCUCAUUGAUGCUGGACAGGCUGGGAGAGAUCCAAACCCACUACACCGUGCUGCAAGGAUAUUAAUAAAUUCCCAAAUGAAGAAUGGAGAUUUUCCUCAGGAGGAAAUCAUGGGAGCCUUCAACAAGAACUGUACGAUCAGCUAUUCUGCAUAUCGGAACAUUUUUCCUAUAUGGGCACUUGGAGAAUACCGGUCUCGGGUACUUCAUUUUUCCUGAAAAUGUAAUUAUAAC